UUCACACCAACCGAUGUCGUUUAGAUUUUCUUUUUUCUUUUUCUUCCCAUUACCGCUGCGUGCCGCCAUUGAAAUUUGAAGAAAGUUAACCGGGGGGCAUCUUCGCCGUACACAACCCCCAAACGUUAAAACCUAAAACCCCAUCAACUCUUUAAACGCAGUGAGUACCUGAGGCAUAUCAAUGGAGAAACCGAGUACAGCUUCCAACUACGAUGAAACGAUGCCGUACCGGUCCGUGUUCAUAGAUACCGACCUCGAUACUCACUUGGCCACUAUGGUCUCCAGCACCGACACCGUCUCCGAUCUCAAGCAGAAGAUAAUGCACGAACACCCACUCUGCUUUCCUCAAUUUGGGGAGAUUAAAAUCCAUUCUUUAAAGGUAAAAAAGAGGGGUUUUUAUUAUCAUUUAUCAGAUUCCAUGUUGGUGAAAAGUGCUUUUCGUGGAGUUAAUAAAAGCUGGUUCAUUAGCGUUGAUGCUUCUACUGCAAAGCAGCAUGAUGAUAAUCAGCAUUGCCUCAAUAUGUAUUCUAACAACGUGGUUGCUUGCAUGGGUAUCAACAGUACUGGUUAUUCUCACGGGGUUAAGCUUCUCCUUGAUGCUCAUCCUGAACAGUUGUCCAAUGAUAUGGAUAAACCUUGGGAUCAAAAAUCCAUUGUUGCUGAUCAUUUAGAUUUGGAUGUUACGGGUGGGGAGUUUUUAAAGGAAUUAGAGAUAGGAAUUGAACAUACGGGUGACGAUAAGGGAAAAGCUAAAUCUGCAGACAUCGACAAUAGGCCAGAUCCUCACACACAGGAGAAAGGAGAACGGUGUGAUAAUGAGAACGAGAAAACGCCAACUGGAGGCAGGGAAAGCAGCCCUAAGGCUGGAAUUGAUGAUGUGCAGGACAGCUUACUGCCAGAAAGUGUUUUAGAAACUGGAUCUCAUACAAAGAAGAAACGUAAAAGUAGAAAAAGAAGUAAACUUGCCAUACCUGACCUUGCUUUAGUAGAAACCAAUGCUUCGUUAUCUCAACCUGGUGAGAAUGAGCCACAGCGAGAGACAAUAGUUAUUUCACAGGAUAAAGUGACAGAAAAUGAGAAUAUACCAAGAAUGGUUUCCUAUUCUGAUGCCAAUAAGGUGACAGAUUCUGUAAUGCCAAGUGCAACUGUUCUGAGUGAGGGGACUGGAAUGCUAGAGAAACCUGAUGAAAGACAAAAUGACAAAUCGAGGAAAACUGGCAUUGAGGUUCAGUGUUUUAGAUCAGUCGAAGAUACUUCACAAUCAAAGCCAGCAGCAAAGAAAAAGCGAAAAUUUCAAGAGGAAAAAAAAAGAGAUAAAGAUUUGCUGAAAGAUGAUCAAACUUUGAUUUCUGAUUCUAAUAAAAAGAUGCUUGAGACUGCCACGAUCUCUGAGCACUCCCUUGUGGGCAAACUGAAAAAUAUAGAUAGCGUUUUAGAUGCCUCAUCUGCUGAUACUCCUGAAGUUGUCCAUUUGCGGUCAGUCAAUCCAACAAAUGAGAAGGGGAAGAAGAAAAAGAAAUCAUCAAAUACUCUUAAUCAAGAAAUUGCUCCAGUUCCUUCUUCUGGAGAAAUUGUUGGGGAAGAGAAUUGUGGAGACCCCAAGGAAUUGGAUGAAGAAUUUGAUGUAGAACUUGUCCAUGGAAAACACGUCCAGGGUGUGAUAAGUUCUGAGGCCGGUGUGGUCUCUUUGAAAGAAAAGCCUGGUAAUCUUUUGCAAGAAGUAAACAUUAGGGCCUCUUCUGAAGAAUUUGAUAUAAGCAACAGAGAAGCCAGCAAUGUGGAAGGCAGACAUCGUGAAACUGUGGAUCCUUCAAAAUCAUCAAAGAAAAGAAAGAAGUCCAAAAGAGCAAAGGACAUAGUGAGUGUUGGAGAAAAGAAUUGUGGGGACCCCAAGGAUUUAGGUGAAGCAUUUGAUGCAGAACUUGUCCAUGGAAAACACAUGCAGGGUGUAAUAAAUUCUGAUCCUGGCGUGAUCUCUAUGAAAGAAAAGCAUGUUAAAUUUUUCCCAGAAGCAAACAUGAGGCCCUCUUCCCAAGAAUUUGAUAUAAGCAACAGAGAAGCCAACAAUGUGGAAGGCGGACAUUGUGAAACUGUGAAUAUUAAAAAAUCAUCAAAGAGAAGGAAGAAGUCCAAAAAAACAAAGGACCUAGUGAGUGGAGCACUGUCCACAUCUCCAACUGAGCCUAAUAAAACUGCCAAUGGAGAUAACUUUGACAAUAUUGGUAAUAAACGGGAAACCAAGAUACCUUCAAAUGACAGGAAAGAAGCAUCAGAAAAAGAUACAAUUAGUACUUCCUUUUUGGCUAUGGAUAAGGAAAUUGAUGAUGUAAUCCAGAAUGCGGUGGAAUCAGUGCAGCGGAUCAGGAAAGGGGAAGUGGAUUCUGAAAAUAUGAAUGCAAAAUCAAGAAAGAAAACUAGUGAGAAUCAAUGUUUAAAUGCAAAGAAUUUUACAGAAUCAAAAAAAGAUAAUGUGAAUGUUGGUGAUGAACCUGCACCAUCGGCUGAUAACGUGGAGGAGGUAGGUAAGACGACCAAACAAGCCAAAUUGACGAAUGCAGAUUCCAUAAUUCAAUUAAAUGGAUUCAAUCUGGAGGGUGAAAAGGAUAUUAGGGUUGAAAAUGAUCCUCUCAGUACUCGACCAUCCCAAGUCAAACCUCACGGAGAGGAAAGCAAAAGAGAGGGAAAGUGCCUCGGAGCUGUUGUCAAUGUUUAUCCCUCUGAAAGUGGCGAUGCAAAUGAAGCUACUAAUUAUAAGGAAGUUUCCUGUGAAAGUAACAGGAUCAACUUUAAUCAUUACUUUGUGCCUAGCCAACAUAGCCAUGAAAUUGUUGGUUCUGCUGAAGUGCUUCUUGACAGAGCAACUGAAACAAAGAUAUUAGAUGGUAAGAUGAAAGCUAGGAAGAACAAAAAGAAGCAUUAUGCACAAUCUCGUGGUCCCUUACCUGACUUGCAGUGUUCACAGAGGUUAAAGGAUAACCAUGGAGUUGGAGCAAAGCCUCAAGCUGACAACUCCAAUACUAUAGAGGUUCAGAGUUCAUUUCCAAAUUCAAAGUCUGAAAAGAUCACAAGUCAACCAAACAAGGAGCCUUUGAAUGCUUCUGAUAGUCUGGUAAAAGCUCUGCCAUCUAGCAUGCCUGACAAGUUUAAUAAUUUUCAUGAAGAAGCUAGAUCUCUUGCUGUCAAGCCCUCUGGGACCAGUGCCCAUGCAAAGUGUAAAAGAGCUGCAUCAAAUUCUAGUUUGGAAAGUAAUAAAACCACAAGUUUUCUGACUAGAAGAGUUAAAGGCUGUCAAUCACGGGAGGAUGACAAUCCUAUGAAUAGUAAAAAAACAUCCACGACUAAUGGUGGGGAAGUUGUGGAUAACUCGCAUCAUAAGAAGAGCUUAAUUGGAGUAUCAGGUUCAAUAUUCAAUGAUGAUAGUAAUGAGGCUUCUUCAAAUGAGGCUGAUAAUUCAGAUGCCAGCACCAGAACCCCAUCAGAUGAUUCAUUUUCUUCUGAUUAUUCGGAUGGAGAGAGCAAUGCAGAUUUUAACUUAUCCCAAAAUGGACGUCACAGCUGGAAAGGAAAGGAGGGAGGUGGAAAAGUAUUCUCAAAACCAUUCUCUUCUGGCAUGUCCUUGGAUGCAAUUCUUAGAAGUUCAAGCAGAUACAAGAAGGCCAAGCUAACUGCUUCUCAAUCACAACUUGAGGACAUAGAAAGCCAGCCUCUUGAUUUAGCCCCUGAAGGUCAAACAAACCCUUAAUCACAAGUCAUUCAUCAUCUUUUAAGUUAAGUUACUUCCCGAAAAGUCAAGAAGAAAUGUCAAUCAAAUAAAACAAUUUUCAUACUUUUUAGAAAUUUUAAAUUUUCUAACUGAGUUGUUCCAACUAAACAAGGUCUAAACUCCAAAGUGAAUUCUUUUGACUUUUGACUUUUUUAGUUGUGGGUAACUGGAUAUUAUGAGCUAAGAUCGUACAUAAUAGUUUAAAUAGUUUUUAUAUGAAAAUAAGUUUACAGCAAUUUUCUUUUU